AUGAGCCCCUUUCGAUUGGUGUACGGCAAAGCUUGCCAUUUGCCGGUAGAAAUAGAGCACAAGGCAUAUUGGGCCAUCAAGGAGUGUAAUCCGAGUUUGGGUGGAUCCAGAAUUGAGAGGAAGCUACAAUUAGCGGAGUUUGAAUCUUUGAGGCUUGAAGCUUAUGAGAACUCUAGACUUUACAAGGAGAAAAUGAAAGUCGUCCAUGAUAGGAACAUAAGAGGCAAAGAAUUCAAGGCCGGUGAUCUUGUCCUUCUUUACAAUUCUAGAUUGAGAUUGUUGCCCAGCAAACUAAGGUCAAAAUGGGAAGGACCAUAUCAAGUAGUGAAGGCGGAACCCUAUGGGGUUUACCAUUUGUGCCAUCCCUCAAGUCCGGAUAUCUUCAAGGUCAAUGGGCACCGUCUCAAGUUGUAUCUUGGUGAGCAAAUGAAGAGAAACAAAGAUAUUGAGGUAUUCCUUUUGGAAGAUGCACCUCUUGACAAAGAGCAAUGA